GCAUCCAGAACGUCUAUCUACAUCUACCUAUCGCCAUCUAUCUCGUUCACAUUAUUGGAAUGGAAGAGCAAAGAACACAAAGUCAAUUGAUCCGAGCCCGUGUAAUUGAUUAUUCACAUAUGAGAAGUCCAGAGGAUUCAAAGGGGUCCUCAAAUCUGGCGUUGACAGCCAAAAAAGAAAUCCUUUCUUUCCUGACUACCUACUUGUUUCCCUGACCAUUCACAUCUAUUUGCUUGCCCAAAUCAAGUACUACCCAGGCCAUGAUACACAACACAAAGUUAUCUAUCCACCUUAUAUUUAUCAACCUACUUAGGUGCCUUUCAUCAGCCACCUGCUACUUGUACAUCACUAGGUACUAAUCAUCGUGGGCCCAUACUUUGGCACCCCGAUACUUUCAACCCACUCCUUCUGUCCUUCAAUUUCUGCAUUGCACAAAUUCAACACUCCACCCUGAAGCUCAAAGUUUGGCCAUUUCUUCAAUCACUUUGCCGUCUCAAGGUUCCGCAAUUAGAGCAAGCAAAUGAUGAAUGGCUCUCCAAUGCCAGAGCAACGUUCAAUACAAUCUACAGCUUCUGAUGUUGACCCAAGAAGACGCUCCUCGAGGAAUCAAAAGAGGUCUAAGUCUCCAAGUGGAGACUACACGGAUAUAUGUGAGAAUGACACGGGAACACAAAAGACACAAAGUGAAUCAACGGGUCUUGCGACAAAUCGCCUCAGACGUUCUGGCCAAAACAUCAAGAGAUCAGAGUCUGAGAUUAUUGACGAUGCAUUGAAGCCCUUAACGGAUGACGAACGCAAGGCUUGGAAGGGAUGGUGUGAGCUAGAGAGUGAUCCAGCACUUUUCAACUACAUAUUACGAGAGUAUGGUGUCAAGGAUGUCAAAAUCCAGGAGGUUCUUGGACUGGAGGACGAAAUGUUACAGUAUCUACGGAAACCUGUCUAUGGAUUAGUCUUCUUGUUCAAAUACAUAGAGGAUGGCUCGGAGGAUGAAGAGACACCUCUAAAAUGCCCGAACCACAUUUGGUUUGCCAAUCAAACUACACACAACGCCUGUGCUACUAUUGCUCUUCUCAAUAUUGUUAUGAACGUCCCGGAUCUUGAUCUAGGGGACUGUAUUGGCAGUUUCAAGGAAGACACUCGAUUUCUAAAACCAGCAUAUCGAGGUCAGAAACUCAGUCAAAACGAGUGUAUCCGAAACAUUCAUAAUUCAUUUGCUCGACGAAUGGAUAUUUUGAAUGCAGAUUUAGCUCUUUCGAAUGAGGUUUCAGCUUGGAAGAAAAAGAGGAAAACGAAAAGAAAAUCCGAGAGGAGCAAGUCCAAGUCAGAUGUGGAGUCGGGUUUUCAUUUCAUUGCAUUCGUUCCAGUGGAGGGCGUUGUGUGGAGACUUGAUGGCUUGGAACGUCAACCAGUCAAUUUAGGACCGUGUAAUGAUGACUGGAUUUCCGUUGCUCGUACAAGUAUCUAUCAGCAGAUCGUCAAGUACGGCGAUGAUUUGCAGUUUAACCUUUUGUCUUUGUGUCGAAGUCCUCUUCGGAUAAUUCCAUUAGAACUCGCCCAGAACAUACACGCCAUAAAGCGUGUUGAAGCUUUGCUUGCACAACAAAUGUCUGAUUGGAAAGAAUUCAGUCAGGUUGAUGUUUCUGGACUGAUGAGAGGGCCCUCGGAGGAAUUUGGUGUGACAGAAAAGCUACUCCACGACACGCCACUUCCGAAGAGCACAUACAUUAUACUCGAGCGAGAGAGCACUAAUGCCAGCGCCCUUCUUCGCCUACAGCAGCAGUGGGUUUCCGACCAAAAGGCGCUACGCAUCGCUUACAAAGAAGAAUUGGCAUCGAUUAACGACGAGAAUGAGCAGGCAGCGAGACGGAAGAAAGACCACACGCCAAUUGUCUACCGUGCAUUAAGAAGCCUAGCUGAUAAAGGGAUUCUGAAAGAGGUCAUAGAAGAAGUUCAAGCGGUAUAAAGUGAGCAUUAGAACCUGCUGGUUGUUCACUCUGACAGAAAACUCAAUUAUAAUAAUAUAUGUACA